AUGGCGGACGUAGAGAAGCAUAUAAACCACGAGAACGAGUCUCCUCAACCGGCUUCUUCUAUCUCCUCGGCCGACUUCACCCACAUAAACGAAAAGUCUCUCCUACGUAAACUCGAUUGGAGACUGCUUCCUGGAAUCUCCCUCUUAUAUCUCGUCUCCUUCCUCGAUCGCAGCAAUGUCGCCAAUGCCCGUCUGGAUGGCCUGGUCACUGAUCUUCACAUGACCGGCAAUGAGUACCUUACUGGUCUCACCGUGUUCUUUAUCGGAUACAUCUCGUUGGAGGUGGUGUGGAAUUUGAUACUCAAGAGGAUUGGACCUAGAAUAUGGUUGCCUGGCGUGACCGUUGUCUGGGGUAUCGUGACGACUCUCCAGGGCGUCUUGGUGAAUAAAGUGGGAUUUUUCGUGAUCAGAACUGCCUUGGGUGUUGCUGAGGGCGCCCUGUUCCCAGGUGUGGUGUUCUAUCUUUCAAUGUGGUACAAGAGAGAAGAGAGGACUUAUAGGGUGGCAUUAUUCUUCUCUGCCGCGAGUUUAGCAGGCGCUUUUGGUGGCAUCCUGGCAUAUGGCAUUGGCUUUAUGAAGGGUGUAGCAGGUCUCAAUGGUUGGGCGUGGAUCUUUGUUAUUGAAGGUAUAGCUACUGUGCUCAUAGGAAUAGCGGCCUAUUGGUUCGUUGUCGACUGGCCUCAGAAGAGCACUUUCCUUGCUCCAGAUGAGAAAGCCUUCGUGACUGCGCGUCUCAAGGCUGAUAGCGAUGCCUCCAACACCGAAGAGUUUCAAUGGUCAGAAGUUUGGAAAGCUUUCAAAGAUCCCAAGGUCUGGUUAUACUGUGCGCACUUCCACACCCUGAGUCUGCCACUAUACACACUCUCUCUGUUCCUACCUUCAAUCAUCAAGAGUCUAGGCUACACAGCCUCUUCCGCCCAACUCCUCAGUAUACCGCCAUACGCUCUGGCAACCACACUCACAGUCAUAUAUGCUAUAACUGCCGAGAAGUUCUGCCGCAGAAACGUCUUCAUCAUGACUUCGUCCCUCACCGGCAUAAUCGGCUACAUAAUCCUGCUUUCCAACAAGCAUCCCACCCGCCACCCUGCAGUCAGUUACGUCGGCACCUUUUUCGCCGCAGCAGGCAUCUACCCCUCUACAGCUUUGGCACUGUCGCUUCCAGCCAUCAAUGUAUCAGGACAGACAAAACGAGCUACGGCCACGGGUAUGCAGAUCACUAUUGGUAAUCUGGGAGCUAUAUUAGGUACACAAUUGUACAGGACAGAAACUGCGCCAAGAUAUGUCUUGGGACAUGCAUUCGCGCUUGGAUAUUUGUGCCUGAAUAUCUGUGUCGCUGGGUUGACCUGGUGGACUCUGAACAGAGAAAACAAGAGAAGAGAUAGAUUGGAAGUGCAAGAAGUACAGCAACAGAAGCAAGAAAGAGGUGUAGAAGGUGAUGACGAUGUUAGAUGGAGGUUCACUGUUUAG